AUGGCAUCCUCGCCGCAUACUUCAGAUCUGGAGGUCUCUUUGCAGUCAUCUGGUCAUUGCUAUGUCGACAUGCUGCCGGCAGAGCUUUUAACGCGUGUAUUUAAAUUCGUCUACUGGGCAUAUUGUGCGGCCCUCGUCGAUCGGCGCCAUCCGUACAUGUUACAAGAACUCGUAGUCUGCAAGCGUUGGAAGGCCAUCAUACAAGGAACCCCCUAUUUCUGGCAGUUGAUCGUUCCCAGUCCUGGUAAUGAUCGAUUGCGCACGCAAGCGUUGGAGUUCUCUGCAACUCAGCCCCUCACAUUUAUCGCUUCAUGCAAUGGCGCAGGGCUCCAGGAUUUAACUAUCAUGCUCCGAGGCAUGUUAGAGAUGGAUGUUCUUCAACGCACUCGUCGCAUCGACGUGGAACAUCUCCUACAGGGCGUCGAGCUUCAAGUUGGGGACAACCUCAUGCCCACGGUCUAUCCUUUGAUAGCUCAGUUUCUGACGGGAUCUGAAGAGCUCGAAGAGCUUCAAGGGCUUCGUAUCGCUACCAGUCUUGAUUUCAAGAAUGUCGCAGGGAGGCAGAUGCGUAAUCUGCACUCAUUGCAUCUUGAGGCCGUGCGUCGCCCUCCUGAUGUAGGCCGGUGGGCGCGGUCACUUCGAACGCUCAUCUUUGUCAACAUUCGGGACAUUGAUUCUUCAUCUUUCAUGCGCGCUUUGGAGCGUAUGGACACCUUGGAAGAACUAGAGAUUACUAUGACGUCGUUGCAUCUAUCACGCGAUCGCAUUCGACAACCGGGCUCCUUACUUCUUCCGAAGCUCGAACGGCUCACGCUCUACACCGAACUUAUUGAUAUGGAUACGCUGCUGGUAGUGUUUACACUGCCGAAGCUCAGCCUUCUGGCGCUGCAUGCUUACGCCACGCGUGCCGAGCCGUUGCCCGAUCUACAAGGCAUAUACGGUGCUAUCACAGCCGUCAUCGAAGAUCAUCCUUGUGAUGAAGUAGAUCUGGCAUAUACGGCAGAGUUCAAACGGAGUGUUCCCCUCUCGAACUCAUCGAGAUCGCAAUCAGUCCCCGUUAUUCGAUUCGCCGUUGGGGCCGGUUUGACUUACCAGGUUGUUCGCGACAUGACCUUGUCUGUCAUGGCUCGCCCUGGGCUCAUGCGCUCAAUACGGUCGAUCACAUUGAACAUACCCCAGGGGUACAGGACCUCAGAGGACAGUUGGCGUGAGGCCCUCAGGGGGCUGGAAUUUGUUCAGUGUGUGGAACUUGGCGCUAGUGCGCGUGACGCUUGUUGCAUCUUCAACGUCUUGCGGGCUGUUCAGCCGGAUACCGUCGUCCUCCCCUUCCUCAAGAGGGUGAUCUACCGGCCAUUUACCUUCGACAAGUCCGCUGCCAAUGCUAUCGUGUCCCUGUUAAAGCGUCGGUCUGUUCAGUCAGACCGGGUUCAAUGCGUCUUGAACCCGUUCAUUUUCAUGAGGGACGUUUUCUAUAUGCUUACUACGCAGCCCGAAGUAUACGGCAUACUCUCAGACGAUACCUUGUUGUUUCCCGUGAGGUAUUGCUCGAUGGACAAGGACCCUUCGCUGCAAGAAUCGCUGGUAUGA